AGUAGUGAAGUAGUGGGGGUGGGGAAAGGUAAACAAAUGUUCGCAGUUCACAGCGUUGGUAGCAAAUUUACAUAGAUGAAGUAUUAUUACUUCCACAGGCAGCGGCCAACGUGGGACGCAAAAUGAAUGAUAAAACGGAUAACCUUCUGAAUGGUGGCCAGGAUCUUGAAAACCUGGUUCUUGGUGAGGAACCAGAUACACGACUGGAACAAGGAACACUGAGCUUUAGUGAGACCCCAGGGGCGCGUAGUGAAGCCAGUGCCCAUAUAAAGUCGUGGUCCAAGGUGAAACGAGGUGUUAUUAGCAAUCACAAUUCAACCGAGGAAAAUGAAGCGGAUGAUGCAGCCAUUUUUGCAGAGCCUGUUCUCAAGUUUGAAAUAGUGUCUGCGAGGACAGUAGAAAAAGAAAAUGAAAAGAAACAUGUGGCAUACACAUUAAUGAUUCGUAAGGAUGGUGUACAACCUGAUCCAAACCCUGCUGUCAUCGAGCGACGUUACACAGAUUUCCUUGAACUUUAUGAUGGAUUGCGGCGAAACUUUCCAGCGUUAAUGACAGGCAUCCCUUUCCCCAGAAAGGUCUUGACAGGAAAUUUGAAUCCUAGUCUCAUAUCUGCCCGAAGUUCAGGAUUUGAGGUUUUACUGGAACAUAUAGGUCGUGAAACACAGUUGAGAGAGUCUGCUGCCCUCAUGAACUUCUUACAGAACAGGGAAGAGGCAGAAGCUCGGCAUUGGAUGCAAGCUCAGCAGUAUGACCAAGCUGUCCCCCUUCUUGAAAACAUCUUCAGAUUGCUCAAUAAAUUGUACACUGACAGGCAUCCAGCAGUCCUGUUGGCACUGUGCCGUCUUGUAGCAUGCAGCCAUGCAGCAGGAGAGUCUGCACGCCCUGAACGUUUUGCUGAUUUAGCUUUGCAUCGCUAUGAAGCUGUAAGUGAUAUUGAUUUGUUGCGUUUUUAUGUACCACUGCUACAACUUUGUGUUCGGCUGUGGUGGGCACUUGGACGUGACAAAAGACCCCUGGAAGCAAGGUUAGACGACCUCCGUCGCCGUGGUAUAAAAGUUGAUGGAUGUCCAUCUCUUUUAGAUGCUAUUACAGAGUUUGACUGCAAGAAGUAACUAGCCUGUGCAGUCUUACUUUCCUCAUUUCAGAAUACUUUUAUCCCUAAUGUGGUAAUUAUGUUUGCUCUUUUUUCCAAUUCAGAUCCGAUUUUAUCAAGCAACACUUUUUUCUUUUAAAACUUAUUUUUUAUAUUAGCUUUAGGAUAUAUUGCAAUUUUAGAUAGGAGAUUGGUGUACUGAAACACCAAUAAAAUGUUAUGUGCUGAUAAAAUUAAAAUAUGUUACCAGUUUCAUAGGUAUUAUUCA